GAUCCCCAAGGGCGUGGUCGCGUUGCCCUGAUUGGAGGAGACCCUGCCGGCCUUGCCUUGUUUGGAGGACUGUGUGCGUCAAUCCGGACCUCCGCUUUCCCCCUUUUCCAUCAAGGACCGCCGCCGCUGCUUCGUCUUCUAUCUCUCCGGAUCCCCAUCGGCACCUGCUGGAUGGUGCUCCGGGAACAGGGCCGCACGGAGGCCCUCCUCCCGUAGGUUGUGCAGACGCGGCGCGCCUUGCAGCGGCUAUUCGGGAUGAGCGCGGGCGCGACAACCUUGUCCCAGUCGAUGAUGGCGGCGGCGAACGCCGGUGCUCCUUCUCGUCCUCUACCUCCAAGGACGCGCACCGGUACAGCUCAGACACCCCCGUCCCCAAAUCCCGUCCACCCAUCCGGCGUUGUCCAGCUCAUCCUCACGCUCGUGGAUUCGCCUCCUCCUGUACGCGACACUUGAAACGUGGACGUGUUUGUAUUCAGUCUGUAUGCGUCUAGAUGUGAAUGGCACUUGCAGUAUAUGGCUGCUCCUUGGUUGUCCAUUUGUAUGCGUCCACAGGUGGAGGUGGUCGUGCUGGCGCCACUGUUUUGCUUCGUGCUGAUGUGCUAUAAAAGUGCCUCCUCGGCAGAUGAGGACCUGAGCGUGGCCGUGCUAAUGAGGAUGCAGGAUCCACCGCCACCGGCCAGUCCGAGUGAUUGCAGAGAACUUGGCAGGCAGAUCAAUUACGAGGAGGGCAAGGCUGAGCUGGAGUGGGGUGGGCGCCAACAUGAAGGAGCUGGAGAUAUCUCUAUUUUUCAAAAUGACCUGCUUGGACCGAACGAGGACAGGUGUGUGGUGGUGGACAUAAGAUGCACGGCGAACAUUGAGCUACAGAAGAACAUUAUGAAAGAGGUUGGAGAGGCUGGAGGAGACCAUAUACCAACACAAAGCGCAUCUUGAUGGCCAUCAAUGAGGAGCUGGACCUGCUACGCCAGGCUAAUUGCAAGCAUCAGGAUGAUUUGGACGAGAUGACUGAUGAGGACAUGAGCGUUGUCGGAUGAUUUGGACGAGAGGACUGUAGCACGACGCAAUGAAGAGCCAGAUCGUCCGUCCGCUCCCAGCUCACUUCCCAGUUCUGUUGUGCUGCCCCGUGCACCAACCAUCCAGUAAAGGUUCUGAGGUUAACAUCUCUUUUGCGAGUUUCGUAUAAAUUUCGUUGUCACUUUAUUAUCUAUUGAUCCACAUGUUUGUA